AUGGGUGACUCUGGUUCGGUUAGUUUAGCGCAAAGGGAAGAUGAUUCGACCACCAAGCGAGGAGAGUCAGCCUUAGCCUGGGAGGAGAGGCCUGAAGACGGUCAGCGAGGACAGCCGUAUACGGUUAAACAGGUUAUAUGGACACCCAGUGGGAAUUUAUCCAUCCUGUCGGAACUCCUGGAGCCCCAGCUAGACAUUAAGCAUCCUGCAAACCCACACCCGGGUGUCAGGACACCAGAACUUGAUCAAACUAGCGACAGGUUAGCCCUCAUUAGCCCCACCUGGACCGCUGGUAACGUCAAGGAAGAAGGAAGACCCUUUGCUCCAGACUCUGAAGAUGGUUAUCAAGCAGAUUUUACAGGUUUCUCUGAAAUUCAGGGGAAGGUUUUUGGCCUGUCCUCUGACUCUAGCCCGUAUUUCUCUGAAUGGGAGGCCAUGAGACCUCUGGUGGAGUGUGCUGACGAUGUCAUGACCUUAACUUUGUCCGGUAGAGGCUUCAUCCACCUGCAAGUCGACAGAAACAGCGCCUCUCCAAUCUCCAUCUUCGAGCUACCUUCCUACUGUGGCUACUCAGUGAAGGCAUCAUGGACUGACCUGGAGAUGAUGGUGCCAUAUGAUGGCUGCUAUAUUCUUAAGGAGAAUGGCAGCUACGUGCUGCCCAUGCUGUGGUUGGGGAGCCCACUGAAGUUGUCCUGCCCGGUGAUGAUAUCCACAGCUAUUCCCAUGUACUCCUUGUCUGCUCCCUUUGUCUUCUGCUCUGCCUAUGGCAUGGCAGUGAAGAUCCAAGGGCAGGAGCAUAGAAUACCUGUGCUUGAUGUAAUUGUGGAUGGAGCAAAGGAUCCUUUUGUGUCUGAAAGGUGUGCAUUCCUACUUGACUCAGAGGCCCAGGAGUUGACCUACCUUAUCUCCCACAGUGCUCCUUGUAUCACAACUGAUGAUGGUCCGCAGCUUCGGCUCAUAUUGGGUGGUUUGCAGUAUGUUCUCUCUUGCCCAGUCAGCCCUCAGCUUCCCUAUUCUCCAUCCUUGCCUCAGUAUCUUCCUCAGUUUCCCGGUGACCUUUUGUUUCCAUACUUACCAGCUCCAACCCACCCUGUCCCCACUACCACUCUCCCUCCCCCUCAUCGAGCCCCAGUCCAGGAGCAGAUGAUGCAAAACCCACUCUACCAGCACCUCCUCUCUUCUGGUUUCCAGUACCACCAACUACCUCCAGUCAUCCCCCAUCACCUAGAGAUCCCUCAUCCACUUCAGCCCACCACUGUCCGCUUCCCUGAGUCCAUGCCACAGCACGUCCAGAACCCACCUGGAUCUGAAAAGUUAUUGUAUUCUUUAGGCAGCUAUCUGCAGUACUUCACUCCACAUUUUCACCUGAAGGAUCCUUCAGAACAUCAGGUUUUUCAAUUUCCUGACCACCCAUCUGUCUACUAUCCCUACCUGCCAUUCUAUUACCAGGAAUUGAUUUCAGCAGCUGAAGACCAUUCUAUGUCUCCAGUGGGUCCAUAUUAUCCUCAGUAUUAUCAUCUGAAACCUGAUCAUCCUGUAUCCACAGCAACACCAGUGACCCAAGCUCCACCUCCUAUACCUCAUCCUUCUUUUCCACCAAAACAGCCGUUAAUCCCACAGCAUCAAACCAAUUCAUUUUAUCCACCCAUGUCCUACUACCAUCCAGUAUUUUCUUACUCUGCUUUAUAUCCUGCUGCUACUCCACCGGUUGACACCCCCGAUAGUCUUGGGCAUCCUUCCAGCCAAUCUCCUAUCCAAACUCCUUUUCACUUUCAGCUGCCUCCAUAUCUGCCACCAGUCCAAAAGGAGCCUGGGAAACCGGCAGCCAAUCCUUACAUGUUCUACCAAACAUACCACCCUAAACUCCAUCCCUUUUCACCCCAAUAUCCAAAGAUUCCUCCUCCCACUGCAGCCCCGAACUGGAUCACCCCUCAGGAAUCCCACGUCCAGUGUAUGCAGGACAGUAUGGCUGCUUUCCUGCCCUAUGCCGACCCAGAAUCCAUCCAUGUCAGAGACCCAUUUAUGUCAUGGCAGUCGCUCUCCAGCGUGUCUCCGUUCUGUGGCUACAUGUUGCAGGCGACUGCAGGCCACGGCUUAAUCCUCCAUUCUCCUCUGCCGGCCUGCCACAGCCAGUUACAGACUCCCACAACCAUUUCUCUACCCAUAAGUUAUUGGGAUUUCUCCACUUGGCAGAAUAGAACUCUGGAUUUACAGUGCCCAUAUCAAAGUCCCCCUGAUCCUCCAGAAGCAACUCCAUGGAUUUUCCCCACUGCUCCGAGCGCCACCGAGGACGAGUCGGGUCCAUCCAUUGCCACGAGGACCGAAGUCUUCUGCUCCUUCCAGCAGAUGAAGGUCGUGCUUCCUCCUGGACCCAUUUCAGAAAUAGUUCUUAAAGACACCAAUGGGAACCAGAUGAGUCUUGCUGAAGCGCCUAAAGAAUGUGAAUAUUAUGCAAGAGAGGCCAACGAUGGCAAAAUCCAUUUGUUUCUCCAGUUACAUUCACACUGUCAUAUGAGCGUGCAGGCAAGUAUUGAUUCAGAUUUCACACUGAGCACAUGA